AUGUCAAACCAAACCUUCGCAGACAACAUGGAUGAUUUAAAUGUUCAACCCAGAGAUGGGACCUCAGGCAACUCAUCAAACACAAACGAGAUCAUCCAACAACGAAGGACUAGAGGAAAAGGAAAGAAAAAUCAACAAGAAGAAGAUCAAAGUAAGAAAGGAGACGAAGAUAAGACAGUCGAAGGAAGUAACGUUAACAACAAGGAUACAAACGGAGAACAAAAUCAAACUGGUGGUAACAUCCAAGAAGUAUCUUUGAGAUUCUUUGAGCUAGAUUUUGAAGGUUUCGAAUUCGAAGAAGUUGUCGUGUUGAAAGAUGAAGAGGAUGAGCAACUACCUCAUCCCAGCGUUGGAAUCCAGACUGGAUUUGGUUGUCCGAAAUGUCCUUACAAUGAGAAACAUCCACUGGAAUAUGUCAAGGCCAACCGUUACAAUCAAAAUCCUGAUCUUAUUGGUUUAAGGUGCUCAACAAUCAAAGAUGCAAGCCACUUUUUCCAAACCCCUUACUUACAGGAUGUCAUUAAUGAAGUGGAACUUUUCAACAAAGGGGCGAAUGACUCAGGCUCUACCUUCAACCUGCCCAGCUCUGAAGGGCCCGAUGACAACAAUGGCGCCAACUCGGGUAGAUGCCAAGGGGUGAAUGGUCUUCAUGCAUCUGGCCAUCGUGGAAGUUGCCUGAAACGAUGUCCAAAUCAGCUAUGUCAACAAUGCUGUCGUCAUAUGGCCAAGAAAGUUUGUUCACAUCACCGUGAUCGCAAUGCUGGCACUCUUGAGCUAUCCACGCUUUCGAAACCAACUCCAUCCUCAGUGUUCAACACCGCUCCAACUCGGAUUUUGGCUCCAUUGCCUAUACGUCGAACAGUCAACCGUCCUACUCAAUCUGCUCAAGCCGAUAGAGCGGUUCUCAAAGAUCUAUCUCAGGAUGCCCUUACUCACUACAACAAUGAAAGACGACGUACUCAAAAUGAAAAAGAUGGGAUGCGUACCAGGGACUUGGAACUUCAAGUGUGGCUCAAGGCAGGUGAGGGAACCUUAAUUGGGGCGCAGGCAACUGACUUCCCUCGAUUUGCGCUGAUUGAAAGUAAACCGUUACGUGACUUAUCGUUUGCCGAGCUGAAGGACCAAUGGGACACUCGAUUAGAGAUAUAUCAAGCUGCCUCUAAGAAAUGGAUCUUGAGUGAUGCGACUUUAAGCUACACAUACAGCCUUUCGACUGCUGUUAUAUUCAUUAAAGCAGCUGGAUUAUGUCAAAGCGAUUGUAUUGGACUUGCUGAAGAAAUCGAAAAGGUAACUAUCAACCCUUCGAACUCAUUGAAUCCGACCUCAAGCACUCAAGAUUCCUCAUUAGAUCUCAACUCUUAUCUUUCAAUGGAUGGACCAUUGGGCAUAUGGGGUCAUGGAAAGAAAACAAAUAUCAUCUCAAGUGAUAAUUCAGACAGUUCGGAUAUUGAAGUGAUGUUACCUGAAGGCCACAGUAAAAGAAAGCUAACCGAUCGAAAUGAAAAGGUCCCAUUUCAAAAGAAGGCUUGUCUGAGCACUCAAUCUUGGCCUGGCAAGACUUGCAAGUUAUCGGAGCUCAUAAUUUGGUGUGAUAAAGCACCCAAAGGCUCUGUUACUACAGGUGUUACAAAGAAGACUUGGUACGAAAUAUUUGGCGACCGAUACCAUCCUGAUGCAGGUUUCAAAACACCUUAUAAAUAUCGUACCUGGGUUUUGAAGAAGAGAUCUGAGCUUAUUGACUGGAUGGCGAGUAGGCCGGAGGCCACAGUCAAGGAAGCUACAGUUGUUUUUCGAGAAUCCUUUCGUCAGAUCACCUCUGGUCGGGGAGGUCCUUGUGUAGCAGUGGUGAUAGAUUAA